GCAAGUGCCUCGAGCGCUGAUCGCACUUCUAAAAGACUUUUACUGAGAGCAAAGUGUGAAGGAGCGCAACUAAACAGGACACUUUUAUCGACUUAUCAAGUGAACCUAUGGUGUGAAUCGUCACAGAUGAUUUUAAUAGAUACGUUUAUUACUUUUUCUCUUCAUGAAAGUUGUUCGACUCAACAGGCAGUUUCAGAAAGUGAGCUGGUGCCAUUAAAGUCUACUGCGUUCAGCUGCGUCUCCGCUCAGGAUGAACGGAACGUUUUUUAACCACACGGUUUUUACGCACGGCGUUCUGCUGAAUCGCAGUCAGGAGCUCGCGGGGACGCUGGUCGACUGCUGCACAGGGAACGGGAGCGAGGUGACCGCAAACGACGGCGGGGGCUCUUUGGUUCUCGCCCAAGACGAGCGCAAGCUGUUCGUUACGCGCGUGGUGCAGAUCGCGGUGCUCUGCGUGCUUUCGCUCACGGUGAUGUUCGGGAUCUUCUUUCUCGGUUGCAACCUCAUGAUCAAGUCCGAAAGUAUGAUUAACUUCCUGGUUAAGGACCGGAGAUCAUCCAAAGACGUCGAGGCGGUGAUGAUCGGACUGAGUUAGCCGCGGGUCACACCUGUAAACAACCGGGCGGAACAAAGCGCGAGUGGCACCUGUUUUUCCCCAGGCUGGGAGGCAGGAAAAUAUGCAACUUACACUUUCACUCCCCUUCUGUUCUGGGAAGACAAAUCCGAUGUGGACGAGCGGUUCCUGAUAAGACAGAGGAAAAAGUUGCACGUUUACGAAACGAGAAUGUAUUUGUCCAUGUUUACGUAACUUUUUGUAUUUGAGCUAGUUUUUUCUUGUGCUUUUUUACAGUGAAGUGUUUACACGUUUUUACCUCAGAUAAAAAAGCAAAUGUAUUUAUUGUAUUUUGUUUGUAAAAAGAAAAGUGCAAAUUAUGACUCAGAUUCAGGAGUUUGUCUCGCGACUUGUAGCUAGUUUGGCGAAACAAUUUUAGAUUUAUCACAAACAUUUUAACCACAUUUUUUUAUUCAUUAGUUCACCUAAGUUUUAUAGACACUCCCGCACAAUCAUGAUGUCGUAUAAUGGAAAGCGCAUGAGAAACUUGGUGUUAGCGAGCUCUAGAUUUCUAGCUCUAAAAUAUUUUUUCAAUUUCAUUUUCUCAGUUUAUAUUCUUUAUAUGUGCAACAUAGAUCAGCGUAGAAAGCCCAAAGUGUAUCAUCGAUACACUUUUAAAAACAAAGAAGAACCAAAAAGAGGUUUUCACCGUGAUGCUAUAAUAAAAUGACAAUAUUUGGUUCCUUAAAAUUUUAAUGAAAAUUAUUUUAAAAACACUUAUUUUUCUAAUGAAUGUUAAUUUAUAAAACUUUACUACAAUAAAAAAAAAGAUUCUGUGGAAAGGGUUGCAUGGUUUCUUCAUGGAUUCAUUAAUGAAGUAAAAUUUCAUAAUUUACUAUUAAAUGAUUUUAAACUUUUGUUUAUUUUUUUAAAUAAUUUUAUGAAGACUGUUGGAAACAAGCAGCCAUUUAAACAAAAACACUGACAGUCAAUGACUGCUGCUUUCCAGCAUUCUUCAGUAUUUCUUCCUGUGUUCAACAGACGAAAGAAACUUUAAACGGGUUUGGAACAGGUAAAGGAUGACAGAAAUUUCAUUUUUGAGUGAACUAUCCCUUUAAGACAGAACUACUGUACCUUUUGUGAUCACAAUUUAGCAACAGGUUAAAAUAAGUAGAAUCAACUUUUAGCAUCACUGAAAACCUUACUAAAACCUUACUAAAACCUGUCUACUUAUUGGAAAUGUUGCAUUCAAUUAUGAAGAUCAUUUUUUUUUUUCAUGUUUUGACUUCUUUUUGAUUUUAUGAUUGGACUUAUUCAGACUUCCCUAAAGCAACAACCCUGGUUUGUACAAGACAAUCAUUUCCAAAAGCAUGCUAUUUUGUGACAUUUGCGCCUUAAUUCACAGUUGUUUUGAUUUUGAAGAUGUUAAAGUGUAUUUUUCUUGGAGUUUACCUUGUGGCCGAGAGCCUGAGAUAAUGAGAUGUUCGUCUGGGGGAACUUGCACGUUUUCCAUGGAUUUUUUUCAUCCUGAUCACAGUGAAUGAUGGACGUCUCUCCCUCUGCAUGCGCAAUGCUCAGUGUGUCAGGCACUUUUUUGAAACCUCAAUUGCUGCAUGGAGUAUUUUGUAAAAUCUUGACUUGC